AUGUGCCAACUGCUGCCAACCCUACCCAGCUGGGCAUCAGCACUGCCCUGCCGCACCCAGGCGUGUGAAUGGCACCCUCAGGCGCCUAACUCAAAAAGAGCUAGCAGCUGUUCGCCGCCUUGGCGACAGGUGCCACAGGGAUGCUCAGGAGCAGCCAGCACCAAUGGUCGCAGUGGUGGUGCCUACACCAACCGCUCAGUCAACCCAGUCAACACAGCCCGCUGGGCUAGCACCCCGCAAGCGGGCGGCUACUCAGAGUUCCAUCAACAGCCUGAGACAGACGCAGUCAUGGACUAUCUGACCAAUCUGAGCCCACCAGCCCGCUGUCUGAUAGGUGGGGAUAUCAACGUACGGCAUGAUGCCUUUGAACCAGGGGCAGUGAAUCUGCACCGGGGCGGGGAGCUUGUCCAAUGGGCCAGUGAACAUGGGAUGGACUUUGUGGGAGAGAUAGGGGUUCCGACUCAUGCAGCAGGUCAUGUGAUUGAUCUCACCUUCUCCAAUGUGGCCUUUGCUUCCACUACAGUGCGUCAAGAUCUACACUGCGGCUCAGAUCACCAGUCUAUGAUCACUAUGCUGCCAACAACACCUCAAACACAGCUGAGUGAUGCUCGGAUCAAGAUCACAGACUCUCAGCUGGAGCCCUUUGCAGAUCUUGUCAGAGGUCUCAUGGUGGACAUGCCUUGCCCAGAGGGGGUUGGAAAUGUGGCACAGCUUGAUGAUCUGGCCCAGCACUUCACUCAGAGUCUUCUGGCUGCAGCUCAGGCAGUCAGUAAGCCAGCUCAACAAGGGCGGACCACAGCCCCCUGGUGGACAGCAGACUGCCGAAGAGCGCACCGAGAGCUCACCACUCACCAGACAGAGGCCGCGAAGCACCAGUUCAAGGAUGCAGUGCGCAAGGCCAAGCGUGCAUACUGGAGGCAGGUGAUCAAUGAGGCCAGAGAUGGUAGAGACCUGUACCGGGUGGUGGCAUGGCAUAAGCUGGAACCCAACCUCAGAGCACCCCCUCUGGUGAUUGGGGAUCAGGUCAUAGAAGAGACAGCCGCCAAAGCUGAGGCACUUCAACAAGCAAUUCUGAAGCGAUACAACUCAGCUGAUGAUCUGGAGUAUGACCCACUGGAUGAUGAGCACUGGAGCGGCAUGGGGAACCUGCCCUGGAACCCCCGGGUUGGGAUGGAGGAGGUGGAGCGCAACACCAUUGGGGUACAGAGCACCUCCCCAGGCACGGAUGGAAUCACAGUGCGGAUGCUCAAAGCAUGCUGGCAGCAUGUGUCCCUCUUUAUACAGCAGCUAUACAACUGCUGCCUCCGGCUCUGCCACUUCCCACGAGCCUGGAAACUGGCAGAGGUGGCAAUGAUACCCAAGGUGGGUAAGAGAGAUAGAAGCUCAGUCCGCUCCUGGAGGCCCAUUGCCCUGCUUUCAGUAAUCUCCAAAGGGCUGGAACGCAUCAUUGCAAGGCGACUGGCCUACACGGCACUCAUUCACGGCAUAGUCAGCCCACAGCAUGGGGGGGCGCUGCCCAGACGAUCUGCAAUGGACCUGGUAGCUGCUUUCACUCAUGAGGUGGAGGCAGCCUUCGCACAAAACAAAGAAGUGUCCAUGGUCACAAUGGAUGUGCAGGGUGCCUUUGAUGCUGUGCUGCGCAGGCGGCUGCUUCAGCGGAUGGCGCAGCAGGGGUGGCCACGCGAGCUGCUGCAGCUCAUUGACAGUUUCCUCACUGAACGCAGAGCUCAGGUCCGGCUGGAGGGGACCACCACAGCAGCACAUCAGAUGCAAUGUGGCACGCCACAGGGGUCUCCUUUGUCACCAAUACUGUUCCUUCUGUACCUGGCAGAGCUGCUGUGGCAAAACUCGGAGUUGCGCUUUGGCUAUGCGGAUGAUCUGAACAUCUGGCGGGCGACCCACUCACUUGACAACAAUGCCACCCUUCUCAGACAGGAUAUACAGAGUAUUCUGAGAAGGCUCAUCUGGAGACCACAUGUCUCCACCCGGGCAAAGAAGGCAAGGGCCGUGGCCCAGCACAUCCGGAGUCUGGGAAAGACCAGAGACGGGCCCCCAGCAGACGCUCUGCGGAAGGCGGUCACCACCUGCGUGGUUCCCUCACUGCUCUAUGGCACAGAGGCCUGGUACGGCGGCCGCACGCAGCCAGCAAGGCACACGGGCAGGAGUGGGGAGGUUAGCUCCCGCCUGGGAUGGCAUGUGGGGACAGUUGAGAAGGUGCUUACUAUGGCAGCCAGAGGGGUCCUCCCAGUUUUCCGUACAACGCCCAUCGCUACCCUAUACCGGGAUGCUGGGCUCCCAUCAGCAAUGGUAGCUCUGGAGGAGGCCAAAAUUCGAUUCGCGACAAGGCUUCAGGUGGUGGAUGAGAAGCACCCACUGGCUUCACGGAUAGCACCUCCAAUGAUCACACGAGGAAGAGGGGCUGGAACCCGGCAGCGCUCAAAGACCAAGAUCCAGCGGUUGGGGGCGCUGCUACCUGCAGUCAAUAGACCCACACUUGCCAUCCCACACUACUCAGAGGGAUGCGGGACAGACCCCACAGAGGGUGUAGACAAAAAGAGUGCUACUCAGGCAUUCAAGAAAUGGUGGAGAAGUCAACCCUCAACAGAUCUAUAUGUUUUCUCAGAUGGAUCAGAACGGAACCUUGACAACAGCAGGCAGGUGGGCUAUGGCUUCAUAGUCUAUCAGGGAAAUAAACAGCUGGCCAGCUUCUCAGCUGCGCUGAGCCCUAUGUCACAUGUCUUCGACGCUGAGGCAGUUGGUGCCUGCCGGGCAUUGGAGUGCGCCGUGAAGCUCCUACCUUGUGUCACAGAGGACAGCAGCAACCCUCAGAUCUGGCUCUGCCUCGACAACACCUCAGUCAUCUGGGGCAUACGGGGCAGUGCAGCAGCCUCCUCAAACUGGGCCUACAACCGCUGCCAUGAGCUCCUCAGACAGCACAAUGUUGGCCUGAAGUGGGCUCCUGGGCAUAUGGGGAUAGAGGGCAAUGAGGAAGCAGACCGCUUGGCUAAGCGGGCAGUCUCAUCCACUGCAGCCCCAGCCUAUGGUCUCGAGGCCACACCCACAGUCAGUGGGAUCCGCACAGUGGCCAAGCAGCUCAGCCAAGAGGCAAGGCGAAAGUGGUGGAGUGGAGCCUGUGGCAAGCUCUCUGACUGGUACCGGGGCUGGAGUUUCAGCAGGCCGACUGUGGAAUACCAAGUGAAGGCCCCUCCGGAGCUCACCAUGCCACGGCAUGCCCUUCACCGCUGGCUCGCACUCCGCUCCUCUCAUGGGGACUUCUCCUGGUACCACAGGCGUUUCCAGCAUGCAGAUGCGAGGCUCACCUGUGUCUGUGGACACAACAAGAGCCCAGAACAUUUGGUGCUCUGUCGACACUCACAGAGGCACUUUCUUCACUGGCCCAAGAGGCCAGCAGCACGGCCACACAACCGGGCGACAGCUGUUGCCUAUCUAGGGUCUCUGACCCCUACAGACUUUGUAGAACUGCUGGACUGCACGCAGUUCUACACACGGUACUGCACAAGGUAA